AUGCAUUCUCGACUUAUAAUGAUACGGAGGUAUGUGACAUCACCGGUGACAAAAAGCGAUUCAAUUCAGUUACACAAUUUAGUAUCAACACCAUUAUUCAAAGCCUUGAAUAACUGUUAUCAAUCAGGGAUACUACAAAUAGUGCAGGAUGUUAAUUGGAAUACUGAAACAACAUCUUCUAACUCUACAGAGCAUUUGACUGUAUCUAUAAACUCAACUCGCUCUUUGCCAAUGACUAAAUUUCCCAAGAAAGAGAUAUUAAAACAGGUUAAAUUGGACACCAAAGUCGGUCAAUGGAGGAAAUUUAUGACAGGUUGGUUUAAAAUCGGACUAUACCUUCUAAAAAGCUAUAAAACAGGGAUUCAGGACACUUUUAAAGUAUACUGGGAUACAAGAAAUGAAAAACGUAAAUUCGACUUUAGAAAUGGCGCUUUGGCCAAGUUGGUACGUGAAGUGGAAAUGAAUGAAGUUAAUAUCAAGCUAUCGUUUUCGUCAUUGUCCAAAAAAAGAGAUGUAAAAGUUUUAGCAAGACCAUUUUCAAUUAAUAGAAAGGCAUUGGUAGAAUUGAUCAGACGAGAUCAAGUUUGGAAGUUACCGUUUUUCUUCACUUUAGUUUUUAUAUUCGAAGAAAUUAGUGCAUUAAUAUUCACGUUUUUUCCACGUGUCUGUCCAUAUAAUUGCUUAACUCCUGGUGGAUACAAAAAGCUUUCUGACAGUUAUAUCAAGGGCACUACAGGCACGCAGGGGAACUAUUGUCUGGGUCCCUUAGAGUUUAGUGAGCAAGGUACUAUUAAGUAUGAGUCACCAUAUGGUGUUCCUAUAGAAGAUUUGUAUUGUUUCUUGACAAACUUUCCUCAAAGUAUGAUACCAAGCUGGAAGCUAUACGUUUACAAAAAGUUAAAAUCACAAAAAUUACUUUGCAAUGAAAUAGAAAAAAUCUAUCAGUACUUGUUAGUCGAUGACUGGUUAUUGCUGCAGAAUAUACUAAAAACAGAUGCGGAGACAAAUAAAGUGGCGCUUAGUGGUAAGGAAUUAGUAAAUUGUAUACUUGAAAGGAAACUUUAUCGGAUAGGUGAUAAUCUAAAUGAAAUGGUCAAUGACAGGUUAGGCCAAAAGAUCUUAUUGAAAAGAUUGUUUCUUUAUUGGUCAUUAAGGUAUAACGAUACUAUAUCAUUCAACGGAAAUUAUACGUUCAGCGAAAAAUGGGGUGUCAAUAAUAUCUCAUUGUUGAAGUAUAAUUCAGAAUUAGUGAUUACGAAUGAUAUCUAA